UUUCUAUAGAAAAAGAAUUCUUCUCUUCACAGCUUACACACACUCCCCCUACCCCUUAUCCAUCAUGGGUCUAGAUAUCCCACCGGAAAAACCAACCACCACCGGGAUCCUCCCAAUAACCACCACCACCAACAAUCCAUCAACCAAAAAAAAACUCACACUUAUCCCACUUAUUUUCCUAAUAUAUUUCGAAGUAGCUGGCGGCCCAUACGGCGAGGAACCCGCCGUACAAGCCGCUGGGCCACUUUUCGCGAUCCUCGGAUUCUUGAUAUUUCCAUUCAUAUGGGCGAUCCCAGAAUCACUGGUGACAGCCGAACUAUCCACCACCUUUCCAGGAAACGGUGGUUUUGUGAUAUGGGCUCAUAAAGCAUUUGGGCCAUUUUGUGGAUCCUUGAUGGGCAGCUGGAAAUUCCUGACGGGGGUCAUAAACAUCGCCGCAUUUCCGAUACUUUGUAUCGAUUAUUUGGAAAAACUGUUUCCGGUGUUUAAUUCGGGGCUGCCCAGAACUCUGGCGAUAUUGUUUUCGACGCUUUUUCUUUCGUUUGUGAAUUAUACGGGUUUGAAUAUAGUUGGUAUGGCUGCCAUCACCCUUGGCAUCAUUUCGCUUGCCCCUUUUGUUCUCAUGUCACUCAUCGCCAUCCCACAAAUUCGGCCACACAGAUGGGUAAGUUUAGGCCAACAAGGCGUGAAAAAAGAUUGGACUUUAUUCUUCAAUACCCUUUUUUGGAACUUAAAUUUUUGGGACACUGUAAGUACAAUGGCUGGAGAAGUGGAAAACCCAAAAAAGACUUUCCCAAAAGCGUUGUUUUUAGCCGUUAUCUUCACUUGUUUAGCUUACAUAAUCCCUCUCAUGGCGGUCACGGGUGCUGUUUCCGUAGACCAAAACGAAUGGGAGUCCGGGUUCAUGGCAGUCGCAGCAGAAAUUAUCUCGGGUAAAUGGCUCAAGAUAUGGAUCGAAAUCGGAGCAGUGUUAUCAGCUAUUGGUUUAUUUGAAGCACAGCUAAGUAGUUGCGCUUAUCAAGUUCUUGGUAUGGCGGAUUUAGGUAUUUUACCAAAGUUUUUCGGGGUUAGAUCAAAAUGGUUUGAUACACCAUGGGUUGGAAUAUUGUUAUCGACUUUGAUCACCAUCGCGGUUUCUCGUAUGGAUUUUACAGAUAUAGUAGCUUCCGCAAAUUUCAUAUAUAGUUUAGGGAUGCUGUUAGAGUUUGCAUCAUUUGUUUGGCUAAGAAGGAAGUUUCCUACGUUGAAGCGGCCUUAUAAGGUGCCACUCGGGAUACCGGGCCUCGUGGUCAUGUGUUUGAUUCCAUCAGCAUUUUUGGUGUUGAUCAUGGUGAUUGCUACAAAGAUUGUGUUUCUUGUUAGUGGGUUGAUGACUGCUGGGGCUAUCAUGUGGUAUUUUUUGAUCAAUUAUUUGAAGGCAAAGAAGUGGUUUGCAUUUGCAAAUGGUGAUGAAAUUGAAGGUGUGGAAGUGAUGCAAUCAAGUUGACACUUUCAUAGGCUGAUUUAACAAAUUAAGUUUGGCCUUAUUGAUGUUGGUUUCAUUGGGUCCAUGAGUAUGAAAGCAGCGAUGGGGUCAUGGUUGGUGGUGAGUUAGACUGAGCACAGUACUUGUGGACUUAUGCUUGGUUAGGUCAAGUGUAGGGUAUAGCUUUCUUUAGAUGAACUAAUAGUUCAUGCAUGAGCAUGUUACAAGUCGAUUAUUUACAAUAUAUAUUAUUGAUCGUA